AUGGAAGGGACUGAUCCAAAAUCGAUUUCAUUUCAAGAUCAAAAUAAAACUAAUUUUAUGAUAGAAGUUUCUAUACAGAAACCACAUGUAUUUAAUCCAACAGAAAAAAUAUCUAUUAUUUGUAUUGACUGUGGACUUAAAAAUCAUCAAUUACAAAUUUUAUGUCAACUCGAUCAAAAAAAAUUUGAUGGUCUUUUUUUGAGUAAUGAUCCCGGUGAUCUACAAACUCAAUGUCCAGAUACUAUUAAAAACUAUAAAAUCUUAGAUUAA